AUGGCCGGCGUGCAGGUCCCCGUUCUGCUGUCCCUUCAUCCUUGUCCCCUCUGCCCCACACUCACUGGCCGUGUCUUGCAGGUGGCUCUUCGCAUCCGACCCAUGAUUGUGGCUGAACUGCAGAGUGGUGCCAGGCCCAUUGCCCACCGCCUGGAUGAGCAGGUUGUGGUGCUGCGAGACCCCAUGCAGAACUCUGAUAAUGUCCUGCAUGCCAGCCACUCCCGGGAGAAAUCCUAUGUCUUUGAUGCAGCUUUUGACUCCACAUCCACCCAGGAGACCGUGUACCGUGCCACCACCAGAGGCCUCAUUGCGAGCGUCAUCUCCGGCUGCAAUGCCACCAUCUUUGCCUAUGGCCCCACUGGCUGCGGGAAGACCUACACCAUGCUUGGCACCAGCAGCGAGCCUGGCAUCUGUGCCCGCGCCCUGGGUGACCUCUUCCAUGCCAUCGAGGAAUGCAGCAGUGAUGCAGAGCAUGAGGUCUCCAUGUCCUACCUAGAGAUCUACAAUGAGGUGAUUCGGGACCUGCUGAGCCCCUCACCACACUCCCUGCAGCUGUGGGAGGAUUCCCAUGGCACCGUCCGAGUGGUCGGCAUCACCGAGCUGUCAGCCAGCAGCACCGAGGAGGUCCUACGGCUGCUGCUGAGGGGGAAUCAGCAGCGGACACAAGAGCCCACAGCUGCCAACCACACGUCGUCACGCUCCCACGCCGUGCUGCAGGUCACUGUGCGGGGACGGGGACUGCGCUGCGGGCGGCUCCAACUGAUAGACCUGGCAGGCUCCGAGCGGGCGGCUUGGACACAGAACCGUGGGCAGAGGAUGAAGGAGGGAGCGCACAUCAACAGGUCACUGCUGGCUCUGGGCAACUGCAUCAAGGCGCUGAGCAAGCCGGCGGGCAGCGCGCACGUCAACUACCGUGACAGCAAGCUGACCCGACUGCUGAAGGACUCGCUUGGGGGUAACAGCCACACGGUGAUGAUCGCCCACAUCAGCCCUGCCAGCACUGCCUUUGAGGAGUCCCGCAGCACGCUCACCUACGCCCAGCACGCCAAAAGCAUCCGCCCCACGGUGAAGCACAACCUGCUCAGCAGCUCACCCCAUGGCAGAAUUGUGGCCAACCUGCGUGGGGACAUCCAGCACCUCAAGCACCAGCUGUACACCGCACCAGGGCCAGGUAAGCACCGUGCCAUCCACUACACCCAGGCCCAGGUCCAGCUGCGGGACAAGCUGCUCAAUGCCUGCCAUGAGCAGGCGGCCCUGUGCCAGCACCUGGUUCAGCUGGAGGGCACAGCACUGCACACCCGGCUGGCAGCUGCCCGGCACCUCCGCAUACUCACUCGCUGGAAGAGGAGAGUAUGGCGCUGGGGCAAGGAGGGGCAAGGGAAGCCAGGAGGGCCCAGUGAGAGCAGGAGGAACACGGACACAGAUGUGCCAGAACCAGCCAGCGUGAUCGCAGCACGGGAGAGCUUCAUGGCACUGGUGGAGAAGCAGGACAGACUCCAGGAGCAGAAGGCAGAGCUGGAGCGGCGCUUCCAGCAGAGCCAGCAGCACACCCGGCGGCUGGAGGAGGCUGUGCAGCGCAGGAGCAGCUCUGUGCAGCAGCAGGAGCUGCUGGCCCUGCUGUGCCGCCUGCACCAGCUGCAGCUGCACAACGCAGAGCUGCGCUCCCACUCCCUGCUCCAGGGUGGCUUCAGGCACUUCCCAGCCACUGCCGUGCAACCCUUCAACCAGCACCGGGCUCCCCGCGCCGCAGAGCUGGAGGAGAGGGAAGAGCCGCUGGAUGCCAAAAGGAGAAAGAAGCAGCUGCUGCCCUUCGAGGUCGCCAGCCACGGGGUGGGUGGCAGCAGCACUGCACCCUGA